AUGCCUCCAGCAUCAGCAGUGCACAGGAUCCCCCAACAUCCAGACAGAGGUUUAGGUUUAAGUUUGCUGCUGGGAAAUGACUAUGACAGGAAGAAGAAGAAACUUCAGCAGGAGCUUCAACUGGACUACAAGCAUUAUGCUGCCAAGAUAAAGGAUCUGAAAACUAGUGACCCUCCACCAAAGCCCCAGGGUCUCUCCCUACCUAUUGUUGAGAAGAUAUCGCUUCAGGAAAAACUAAGAGAGGAGAGAAAUAAAGAAUAUAACCUCUUCCUACAAGAAAAAGCUCAAAUCCCAAGGUUUAAGAGGGGAACACCUCCUGUCACUUUAAAGCCCGGACAGUUUCAAGCUACAGAUGCUGAGUACAUUUCUUCUGCAGCUUCUCCUCUGCCCAUCCUCAACAUCCAUACAAACAUACACCCUCCUCCCAGGGAGCGCCCUGCAUCCAGGAGAGAUGCUGCCACUCUGACUGAGGCAGUAGAUAAUGGAGAAAGCACAGGGACUGGGGGUCCAGGCCAUCGGAGACGAAGGCGUUGGAAACUCCAUAGACCAAAAGAGCGAUAUAGCUCUGAGGAGGAGUCAAUCACGGACAAAGAGGACGAGUUUGAAUUCAGACACAGGAGGCGACAAGACAGACACACUCCAGAGCCAGAGCACAAAGAGGAGAGAAGAACCAGAGAACGCAGAGCUAACAGAGCUCCUCAGGGCGUAAGGAAAAUGGAGGCCCCUGGUGUUCGUGAUCAGGACAAUGAAUGGGGCGGGAAGUCAGAUCUGCAAAUGCAAGACAGCAUGAAAACGGCUGCAAGAUCCAGACCUGCUACCAGCAAGGAUAUAGCUCAGUUUGCUACGGGACUGAUGAUUGGAGCAGCAGAGGAGCAGACAGCAUCUCAGAUGAGGAAAGAAAAGUACAAGCAAGAGCUGCUGAAACAAAUUGCUGAACAGCAGAGAAACAAGAUCAGGGAGAAGAAACUUGAGAUGAGGGUGGCCGCCACUGGAGCCACAGACCCUGAGAAACAGUUUGGGGCUGUAAAUCGACAAUAUGACAGAUGGAGACAAGAUGUCCCGCAAGAGGACACGGAACAGAGAGGUCCCCCAGGAAAGUCCCACGUGGACUACAGUACAGCUCUCAGUCAGCUGACAGAGAAGACGGGGCCAGGAUCCAGAACUAGAGCAGCACAGGGUGUCCCCUCGCUGGACUAUUUCAAUGACGACUACCACAGGGACUUCUCAAACAUCCUAGGACAAGUGGCCACCCGAAGGGUUGCUGGUGCUCCUCCUCCUGUUCCUCCCACUGUAAAUAAUAACUACAAGACUCCACAUGAUGCUGCUUACUACUACUAUGGGACCAGGAAUCCAUUAGACCUUAAUCUUCCUUACAAUCAGAAUGGUCAGCCUGGAGGGAUGCAUCAGUCGGGGAAUCUCCACAUACCUCCUCAAAGACAACCCACGUUCGGACCCAGUGGCCACAUUGGAGCAACUGACCAGCAUAGUGCGUCUCCCCUGAAUGUUGGAGAGCUUCCUGCAGACAAGUCCGAGCAGAGGAGAGAGAAGGCACUGAGCUACCAAGAAGCACUCAGACAGCAGAUCACAGAAAGAGAGGAGCGUAAAAGAAGAGAGAAAGAAGAGAAGGAGCGAUAUGAUGCUAAGAUAGAGGCCGAGAUGAUGGCGUACAACCCCUGGGGGAGAAGUGGAGGAGGUGCUUCAAUAAAAGACGAAAAAGGCAACCUUGUUAGUGACUUGAAUCAAAUGCACAGGACCAACGAGGAGUCAUAUCGGAAUCCUGUGUCCAGGAAAGAUGGACAGACACAAAGCUUUUUGAUGACUAAUGGACAGACUCCUGCAGUUGAAGGCAGUUCUCCCUUUUCCCAUCGAAUAUCAGGUUUCAAUGAGAAGCCAACUCCACAGCAGCUCCACAUGCAGGACAGAUACAAAGAAGAUCUGAAACAACAGAUAGAGCAAAACAAGCAAAAGCAGACAGAGGAGGUAGAGCGAAUGAGGAUUGAGGGGGAGAAAGAAGACAAGAGGCUGGCGGACCAAAGGGCUCGCAUUCAGCAAGAGUAUGAAGAAGAGCAAAGAAAGCAAAAGGCGAUUCGGCAUAAGCAGAAAAAAAGUGAUUGGAUCCAUGAACCUAAAACACAACACCAGGAGGAGGAAAAGAGGGUGAGACAGGAAGAAGAGAUCGAGAAGAAGGUCCCUGAGAGCGACAGGGAGAGAGAGGAGAAAAAGGCGCAGUUGAGAUACGAGCAAAGAGAGCCAUCUCCUCCCAUCCCCACCCAUCAGAGGAAGCAGACAAAUCUUGUGGCAUCCAGACCUUCAUCUGCCGUGAGCCAACUCAGCGCCAGGACUGAGUGCUCUGUGUCAGCACCACAUUCCCGACCAGUCCCUGAGGAAAUACCCCAGCUACAAGACGGUCAACAGGAAGUGAUCAGAGAGCUGUCAGCCCUCCGUAAGUAUCUGAGAAAUGAACAGAGACAACUGGAGGUUCAACUAGGCCAGACAGAUCUUCAGGAGCGUCACUACACUCCCCCCAGCAGACCCAGAGGAAGACGCAGAGGGACCCUUGAAUCAGUGCACAACCAAGCAGUCCAGCCAUCAACCAGGAGUCCCUUCUCUGGUGCUGCACGUGUUAAAGAUAAUAUCAAUGAGUUCAACCAGCUUAAACACAGAGACACAGCAUCUCGUGAGGAGGUCCGUCACAUGUUCCCCGACCCUCCCACUGAUGAACAAAGUCUGGACAUCCAACAGCAGGCCCUUCUUCGUGAACAACAACGCAAAAUCAGGCUUAUGAAGAGAGAGGAAGAGAAUGACUCUUUGGAACAGCAACUGAGCCACUAUCGUUCUAGGAACAAACCUGGACGCUACAUCCACAGAGACUCCAUAUUGCCAUCUGAGACUGCUUUUAUUGAUGUUUACAGCGGCGAUGCAUGUGAAGGGCAGGUCCAUCAACAGAGACACCGUCGGCCCUCAGCCGAGCGCCAUGAGAGACCAACCUCACGGAGGAGACAUGACGAUGAUGUAUGGUGCUGAGCAGUGUCCGUGGAUCAGAAGGACUGUAACAUCCAGCCAGAUGCUCAGUCUCUGCAGUCAGUGACUAGUUUGCACCUUGAAUCCAAAGUCAGGCCCCCAAACCAGCACCGCAUCAGGAGACAAGACACUGUUAAUCAUAACCGCAGAUCAGAGGGGCCGUCUGGUGAUGAGGUGGAUGUCUCGUCUCUGCGUUCUGCCCUGGAGAGGCGUGUCUCCAUGGAGACUGUUGCCACAGAGGCUUGGCUUCGGCCCGGCACGUCAGAUACUGUAAAACGUGCCGGCUUUAUGGAGAGACCAAACAGUCGGAUGGCUGAUCCACCCUGGAGUUCACACCGCGUCUGGUAGCUCCCUU